UUAAUAUCAUAUAAAAUGAACAAAGAACUUACAUAAGAGUUCUAGACAAAAUGUUUUGGAGACAAAAAAAUAAAACAAGGAAAACAUUACACACACCUAAAAAGGUAAAAUUUGAGAGAUGACUGAUCAGCUUAAUCGCAGCCACAGAGAUAGAAGCGCAAAGAACUCCUUCCUGUGUGUCGUCUGCCAAGAAUGAUGUUCCUUAUCUCACGAUCAAGAGACUUGAAAACCGACGUCGCCGGGAAGAACUUACACAAGCACGUUUUGUUUAACAUGUUGCUUACUAAUUAAAAACUUUUUUUUUGGCUUUUGUAAACAGCUUUUUUUUAGCAAUGUAAACAGCUUUGUAAAUCCAUGAAAGGUAUUUUAUUUGAUUUAAUAUUACUUUUAUCCUUGUCUCACUGCUUCAGUCUUCUCCCCACCAGUCUCUGACACAUUUUAUCUCUCUAAGAAUGGUGUAAAUUUGAUGUCUGAUAGUGCAAGCAAAGCAAUCACCCAUUACCUUUAAUUUUCUUCGUUUCUCCCCUUCUCUGGACAAUAUUUGUUUUAGGGUAUUUUUAUUCUUCAUCCUACAUAGUUUAUAGAGAGUAAAAAUGUAGAAAAUUUGUAGUUUGGUAUUUGCACAAUACAUAUAGUUUGUUUUCUCUUUCUCUCUUUUGCUUUAUUAGUCCUGAGACUUCCACUAUUAAUACCCUAAGUCUUCUUAGUUUACCACAUUGCCUUCACAUCCAAACCCAAAUGCAAAUCGUUGUCUCCUCUCUUCCUUCAAAGUCUCUCAUUACAAGACCCUAAUAAAUAUCUAAUCUUUCCUUUGCUGAUCCUGACUAUAUCUUUAACAAUGUUCUGACCUUUUGAAGCAUAUUAAGAUCAAAGUCUACUGCUUUCAGUUGUGUGGCGUCUUUGUCCCCCAAAUCAAGCACAGUUUGCAACACUUUUUGUACAAGACCUAAUAAUAAAAUGGAAAUUGCAAGUCAAGAAGAUCAUGAUAUGCCCGUCCCAUUAAGCACUACAUUUGUUGGUAGUGGUGGCGGUCAUGGUCACAUGAUCCAUCAUCAUCAUGAUCAUCAUGCUUCUGAUUCUGCUCCUCCAACUCACAACCACAACAACAUUACUACUACUCAACCACCACAAAUGCAGUUACAUGGUAAUGGUCAUGGCAACAGUCAUGAUCAUCAUCAUCAUCAAGAUCCUCAUCAUGUUGGUUACAACGCAAUCAUCAAGAAGCCUAUAAUAAAGUACAAGGAAUGUCUCAAGAACCAUGCAGCAGCAAUGGGAGGCAAUGCCACUGAUGGGUGUGGAGAGUUCAUGCCUAGUGGUGAAGAUGGCUCCAUUGAAGCUCUCACUUGCUCAGUUUGCAAUUGCCACAGAAAUUUCCAUAGAAAAGAAGUCGAAGGUGAAACAACCGCCACCGCCAUUUCCUCUUACCACCAACCUCCUCCACCACGAAAACUCAUGGUCAACCACCAUAAUAUAAGAUCAGCCAUGCCUCACCAAAUGAUCAUGCCGAUAGGAGUUUCUAACUAUCGGUACAUGCAUAACUUGGAGUCCGGUGACUUCAUGGAACAAGACGGCGUAACCACCGCGUCUAGACCCCCACCUUACAAUCAGAAGAAGAGGUUUAGGACGAAGUUCACGCCGGAGCAGAAAGAGAAGAUGCUGAGUUUUGCUGAGAAGGUUGGGUGGAAGAUACAAAGGCAAGAAGAUUGCGUUGUUCAGAGAUUUUGUGAAGAGAUUGGAGUGAAGAGAAGAGUCCUUAAGGUUUGGAUGCACAACAACAAGCUACAUUUUUCCAAUAAGAACACUAGCAACAACAUUAACCUCGAAGGCAACGACAAUGACAAGAUCAACAACGUUAACAAUGUUGAUGUGUCCGGUAAUAACGACAUGAUUUAAUAUUAAUAUUACGUUUUUUUAAUGAUUUGAUUAUGAUAAGUCAUCUUUAUGUGAGCUACUAGGGUUUGAAUCUUAUUUUCUAGUAAGUGUGGGGUUAUAUUUAUAUAUAAACUCGUUUGCUAUUUAUCUUUUAUUUUCUGGUCGAUGUAGUGUCUAUUAUCCUUUUGGAAUUUAUAUAUAUUGAACUUCUUGUAAUAAAUGUAUGACCAGUCGUUUUUGUUUUUCUU